AAAGUCCAAGUUUAGUCCGCAUAUUCAUUUGAGGAGCCGUUAGGUUUAACGAAUUCCCUAACCAGCCAAUCAGCCAUCGACUCCAAUGGGGAAACGGAGGUACAGCGAUGGCGGCGAAAAGGAUGAGGAAGGAGAAGCAAAGGUCUUCUCCAGAGAUGCCAACCGUGAGACGGAAAUCAGGAAGGAAUCUUUGCGGCCAUCUAUGAUAAAGAACAAGGAAAAGAGAUCGGCCAUCCACGCCAAGCUAAAGCGCGAGAAGAAGGUAGAGAAGCACAAGAAGGCCAAAGCUCGCGAUGCUGCUGAACAAGUGGCUCUUGAACUCGGCGAAGAGCCUCCGGCGAGGAAGAUUCCCCGCACGAUAGAGAACACAAGGGAGGCCGACGAGACACUGUGCAAACCCGACGACGAAGAGCUCUUUGCGAGCAACGAUGUGGAUGAAUUCAGCGGAGUGCUUCGAAAAGAUCUAAUCCCUAAGGUACUGAUAACGACAUCCCGAUUGAAAUCCAUAAGGGGGCCUUCCUUCAUAUCCAAUUUGCUCUCUGUUAUUCCUAAUGCUCAUUAUCACAAGCGAGGAACAUAUGACCUAAAAAAGAUUGUUGAAUAUGCCAAAACAAGGGAUUUCACAUCCAUCAUUGUUGUACACACUAAUCGCUGGGAACCAGAUGCUCUGCUCAUAAUAGGUUUACCGGAUGGACCUACUGCUCAUUUCAAGCUCUCCAGGCUUGUCUUGCGCAAGGACAUUAAGAACCAUGGGAACCCAACCAGUCACAUACCUGAGCUAGUUUUGACCAACUUCACUACUCGUUUGGGCCAUCGGGUUGGGAGAAUGAUCCAAUCUCUGUUCCCACAAGAUCCGAAUUUCCGAGGCCGGAGAGUUGUGACUUUUCAUAACCAGCGAGACUUCAUCUUCUUCCGCCAUCAUCGUUAUAUAUUUGAGAAGAAGAAAGGGAAACAGGAUGAGGCACAGGAAAGAGUGAUAGCCCGUCUUCAAGAAUGCGGUCCUCGUUUUACAUUGAAGUUAAUCAGCCUGCAGCAUGGUACCUUUGAUACCAAGGGUGGGGAAUAUGAAUGGGUUCAUAAGCCGGAGAUGGAUACCAGUCGCAGAAGAUUUUUCCUGUGACAAUUUUAAUUUGACUUAUUGGGUAGUUCAAGAUUUCAGUGCCUCCUCCUACAUCCUACCUGACUCCUCCGGGUAGGGGGUAUAAAUUAUGCUUUAGAGUGUUUCUGGUUAUUUUCUCUGUUGUUGUUCUUACACACAUGGUUAAAUGAAGUGCUGUUAUCCUAAGUUCUCUGUUAUAUCCUCUUUCAUGAUAACUGUUAUGUGUUUGCAAUGGGCUAGCUCUUUCAUUUUCUUUU